GAAAGCGAAAGCGGAGGGCGGCCCUGGCUGGGAGAGCCUCGCCAGCCCGCAGAGGGGAAACCAAGCUGAGACCGCGCGCGGCAUUUCAGAGCUCAGCCCCAGCGCGUAGAGGAAAGACCCCCUGGAGCUGCAGCCCAGGAGCGCCGCUGACCUCGCCAUGCGGCUCUCUGACCUGAGACCCUGGGCCUCCCUGCUGCUGGCGGACUCGGCCUUACUCUGGCUGCUGCGGGGGCCUCUGGGGGCCCUGCUUCCCCCAGGGCUUCCAGGCCUGUGGCUGGAGGGCACCUUGCGACUUGGAGGGCUUUGGUGGCUGCUGAGGCUGGGGGGGCUGCUGGGAUUUGUGGGAGCACUGCUGCCCCCCUUCUGCCUGGUGACCCCCCUGUUUCUCUCCCUGAGGGCCCUCGUCCCAGGGGCCUUGAGUGCUCCCCCAGCCAGAGUGGCUUCGGCCUCUUGGAGCUGGCUGCUGCUGGGCUCCGGGGCUGCAGGGCUGAGCUGGGCGGUGUGGGCUGUGUUGGGUGCCCCAGGACCCCAGGAGAGGGAGCGGGGCCAGGAGAACAACAGAGCCUUUACGUGGAGGUUGCUGCAGCUCUCCAGGCCAGACCUGCCUCUCCUGGCUGCCGCCUUCUUCUUCCUGGUCCUUGCCGUGUUGGGUGAGACAUUAAUCCCUUACUAUUCUGGUCGUGUGAUUGACAUCCUGGGAGGUGAUUUUGACCCGGAUGCCUUUGUCAGUGCCAUCUUUUUCAUGUGUCUCUUCUCCGUUGGCAGUUAUCCUGUUGUCAGGGUGGACAUGUUUCUUCUUCCUGACUCUUCUUCCCUAACUCAUCUUGUCAGCCCUGGAAGGUCUUACUCUGCGGCUUGUCACCUUUCUUUCCAAUGUCUUUACACUUUUCCACUUGGUUUACUUUCCCCUCCCUUUUUAGACUUACCCAGGAGUCCGCUGUCUACAAACAAACAAAUGCUUCCUCUUAAUGCCAAUGUGUUUCUGCGAAGCCUGGUGAAAGUGCUGGGACUGUACGGCUUCAUGCUCAGCCUGUCUCCUCGACUCACCCUCCUCUCUCUGCUCGAGCUGCCUGUCACAAUAGCGGCUGAGAAGGUGUACAAUGCCCGCCGUCAGGCAGUGCUUCAGGAGAUCCAGGACGCAGUGGCGAAAGCAGGGCAGGUGGUGCGGGAGGCAGUUGGAGGGCUUCAGACCGUGCGCAGUUUUGGGGCCGAGGAGCAAGAAGUCUGUCGCUAUAAGGAGGCCCUUGAACGAUGCAGGCAGCUGUGGUGGCGACGAGAUCUGGAACGGGCCCUCUACCUGCUCUUAAGGAGGACGCUGCGCUUGGCAAUGCAGGUGCUCUUGUUGAACUGUGGACUGCAGCAGAUCCUGGCUGGGGACCUCACCCGGGGUGGGCUGCUCUCUUUUCUGCUCUACCAGGAGAACGUGGGCACCUAUGUGCAUACCGUGGUAUACAUGUUUGGGGAUAUGCUGAGCAACGUGGGGGCUGCGGAGAAGGUUUUCUGCUACCUGGACAGAAAGCCAAACCUGCCUCCCCCUGGGACACUGGCCCCGCCCACUCUGCGGGGGCUGGUGGAAUUCCAAGACGUCUCCUUUGCAUAUCCCAGUCACCCCAGCCAGCCAGUGCUCAAGGGUCUGACGUUCACCCUACGUCCUGGUGAGAUGACCGCACUGGUGGGGCCCAAUGGGUCUGGGAAGAGCACGGUGGCUGCCCUGCUGCAGAACCUGUACCAGCCCACUGGGGGGCAGGUGCUGCUGGACGGGGUGCCCAUCUCCCAGUAUGAACACCACUACCUGCACCAACAGGUGGUUUUGGUUGGGCAGGAGCCUGUGCUGUUCUCGGGUUCCGUGAGGGACAACAUUGCUUACGGGCUGAAGAGCUGCAGUGAUGAUAAGGUGAUGGCCGCUGCCCAGGCUGCCAGGGCAGAUGAGUUCAUAAAAGAAAUGGAGCAUGGACUCUCUACAGACGUUGGGGAGAAAGGGAGCCAGUUGGCUGUGGGACAGAAGCAACGUCUGGCCAUUGCCCGGGCCCUCGUGCGGGACCCACAGGUCCUUAUCCUGGAUGAAGCCACCAGUGCCUUGGACGUGGAGUGUGAGCAGGCCGUGAGUACUGGCUGGGAGGGGCGGGGACGGCGGGACCUGAGGGUCAGCCUGUGCAGAAUUGGGCAGUGGAGGGCGAAUGGGCCACUAGUGGGAAGAGUAUCUGCGUCUUCUUAGGGUGG